UAAUGGUUACUAAACAUUACGUCGAGAUGCCUUCUAUGCGAAUUCCAACUCGUAUCAAUGAACGCCGGUGUGAGUUGGCAGGAAAUGUGCAUAGAUGUGUGACGAACUGGAUUGAGAGAAAUUUUCAUAAAAACAAUUUAAAAACAUAAUUAGCAGGGAAUAUUUUCUUGCUUAUUGAUUUGCAUCACUCCAUUUGAUGAGUAUACACAUUGCAAGAUAAUACGAGUGCAAAUUACGACAAUAUGGCACAGUUUGUUAGAAAAGCAACGUUAUUAUUUACUCAAGAAUGUGCAAAAGAAUACUUCGACAAAUUCAAUUUUCUUCACGUUGGAUGUUUCAAAGCUACGCUGAGCAAAACUUUAGGACUAGGUAUUAUUGCAGGUUCCUUGCUUGUGAAAGUACCUCAAAUUGUGAAAAUUUGGAAAAACAAAAGUGGAGAAGGAAUCAAUGUCUUCAGUGUAUUGUUGGAUUUAUUUGCUAUCACUGCUAUGUCAUCUUAUAGUUUUAUUAGUGGGUUUCCAUUUAGUGCAUGGGGAGAUGGAAUAUUUUUAGGGCUUCAAACUAUAACCAUUGCAGUUCUAGUAAUGCGUUUUAGUGGAGACACAGCCAAAGCAACUGCAUUCUUUUCCGCUUAUCUGGCAGUAUUGUUUGCAGCCAUUAGCGGACUGACACCUAUUCGUGUUCUUUGGAUUUGUCAAGCAAUGAAUAUACCCAUUGUUCUUAUCAGUAAGUUUAUACAAGCCUAUACAAAUUAUUCCAAUGGAAAUACUGGCCAAUUAUCAGCGGCAACAUGUUUUAUGUUGUUCUUCGGUUCUCUCGCGAGAAUUUUUACUUCCAUCCAAGAAACAGGUGAUACAACUAUGAUAACAAUGUAUGUAUGUUCAACACUAACAAACAGUAUAAUAGUGGCGCAGCUUCUGUACUAUUGGAAUGCAGAUGUAAAGAAAAAAGAGAAGAUUAAGAAGAAGCGAUAGAGUGAAAGAGAUGCAAAUGUUUAUAUAUGUGGAAUUGAUAAGCGGUCAUGUGGGUCAAUAAUAUCUAAUAAUGUGAUGCUGUAUAAAAUUUGACGUAAAUAUUUUAUGAAUAAAAUACAGUAUUAGUAAAAUGAAUGUUUAGAAAUCAACUUCUACAGAAAAUAAAUUUGAAAUUAUGUUCAUUCUGAGAAUAACUGCAGGAAUAAUAUAUUCUUUGACAGUUAAAUAAAUGAUAUUUAUUAUCUUCUAGCAUAUAAAUAUUAUUUUACAUUUUUAAAGUUAAAGCAAAAGUAAUUUACAUUGCUUAUGUGGUUAUGGAAAAUAUUAUAUAUAAUAAUAAUAUACUAUGAAAUGUCACUUAUUAAAUGUAUACAUGCAAAUAAGAGAUUAGGAAA